AGCCCCAAACGCACCAGCCUGAGGAGGCGCCGCACCUACUUCCCAAUAUAACCAACUACCGAGUGCGGGAGCGUAACUGCGAGAAGGCAGCAGCCCAAGUGCCAUUAAAGCUCGGGGCGGAAAGGAUGCGUUACCUGGGUCUCCUCUUCAGGGAGAAGCCGGGCAAGCUGGACGAUUCGCUCUGAAUGAUUAAAAACUCCGCAAUUCUCUUCUGCCACAGGCUGAGAGGGACCCAAGGAACUGCUCUGUUUGAACUGUGCCGAUGGACAGGAGGAUGGGAGACAGGAACUGAGAGUCACAGAGGAAGGACAGGGGAGUCUGGCAUCUCAUUGGUGACUUUAAAGGAUUGCCAUUUAUUACCAUUCAGAAACUACGGAGCAUCAUUUUUGCGUGACUACUGAAAAAGGAUAUCUUUACAGAAACCAGUUCAUUUUUGAAGUUCAUAAUUUGGACUCUGUUUUCAGAAAGCAGGGCAUUUUUUAAUGAAGAAACGUUAGAGCUGCUAAACACGCUGAGACAGGAAAUCUUAGUGAAGAAGGAUGGCUUCCUCUUGGAAAGUAAUUCUGUUUCUGUCAAUCGCUGGGUGUCUUUCAGAAUAUGCUGGAGCUCUUCCUGGUCUCCCUACUUCAUAUGCUGCUUUGCUAAGAAUUAAGAAGAGUUCAUCUUCAUCCCUCUUUGGUUCAAAGGCCAGACCCCGAUACAGCAGUCCUUCAUUAGGAACACUGAGUGUUUCUUCACCGAACUGGCGAGGAGCGGCUCAACAUUAUUACUCCCCCAUCAAUCUGUAUCAUUCUUCAGAUGCCUUCAAACAAGAUGAAAGUGUGGACUACGGGCCAGUGUUUGUGCAAGAACCAGAUGAUAUAAUUUUCCCAACUGAUUCUGAUGAAAAGAAAGUAGCACUGAAUUGUGAAGUUCGUGGCAACCCAGUUCCCAAUUACAGAUGGCUUCGAAAUGGAACAGAAAUAGAUUUGGAAAGUGAUUAUCGCUACAGUUUGAUAGACGGGACUUUCAUUAUAAGCAAUCCCAGUGAAGCAAAGGAUUCUGGUCAUUAUCAGUGUUUAGCAGCCAACACUUUUGGAAGUAUUCUUAGUAGAGAAGCCAUACUUCAGUUUGCCUAUCUGGGAAAUUUUAGUGGCCGGACAAGAACUGCAGUCUCUGUGAGGGAAGGCCAGGGGGUUGUUCUGAUGUGCUCUCCUCCGCCUCAUUCUCCAGAGAUCAUCUAUAGCUGGGUAUUUAAUGAGUUCCCUUCCUUUGUGGCGGAAGACAGUCGGCGGUUCAUCUCCCAAGAGACAGGCAACCUUUACAUUUCUAAAGUCCAAACAUCAGAUGUUGGCAGCUAUAUUUGUCUGGUGAAAAACACAGUGACGAAUGCCCGAGUACUCAGUCCUCCAACACCACUCACUCUACGUAAUGAUGGUGUGAUGGGAGAAUACGAGCCGAAAAUUGAGGUCCAUUUUCCUUUUACAGUUACAGCUGCUAAGGGAACAACUGUUAAGAUGGAGUGCUUUGCACUUGGCAACCCAGUUCCGACAAUCACAUGGAUGAAGGUUAGUGGUUAUAUUCCUGGUAAGGCACGUCUGCGGAAAUCUCAGGCAGUGCUGGAAAUACCCAACGUGCAGCUGGAUGAUGCAGGCAUAUACGAAUGCAGAGCUGAAAACUCACGUGGAAAAAAUUCCUUUCGUGGACAAUUACAAGUAUAUACUUACCCACACUGGAUAGAAAAACUGAAUGAUACUCAGUUAGACAGUGGAAGUCCUCUCCGCUGGGAAUGUAAGGCUACAGGAAAACCCAGACCCACAUACCGAUGGCUGAGGAAUGGAGCGCCCCUCUUAACUCAGAGUAGGGUUGAGAUGGUUAAUGGAGUAUUGAUGAUCCACAAUGUGAAUCAGUCAGAUGCUGGAAUGUAUCAAUGUUUGGCUGAAAAUAAAUAUGGAGCCAUUUAUGCGAGUGCUGAGCUGAAAAUUCUAGCUUCAGCUCCCACUUUUGCACUGAAUCAACUGAAGAAGACAAUAAUUAUUACCAGCCAAGAAGUUGUCAUAGAGUGCAAACCCCAAGGCUCUCCAAAGCCAACCAUCUCUUGGAAGAAGGGAGACAGAGCGAUCAGAGAGAAUAAAAGAAUAGCUAUUCUUCCAGACGGGAGUCUACGGAUCCUAAAUGCUUCUAAAUCAGAUGAGGGAAAGUACGUUUGCCAAGGGGAAAAUGUCUUUGGUUCUGCUGAAAUCAUAGCUUCAGUAUCUGUAAAAGAACCUACAAGAAUAGAACUUACUCCUAAAAGAACAGAGUUAACAGUGGGAGAAAGCGUCGUUCUUAAUUGCAAAGCAAUUCACGAUGCUAGUUUGGAUGUCACUUUCUACUGGACACUAAAAGGACAGCCUAUUGAUUUCGAAAAAGAAGGUGGACAUUUUGAAAACAUCAGGGCCCAAGCAUCCUCUGCAGAUUUAAUGAUCAGGAACAUCCUUCUGAUGCAUGCUGGGAGAUAUGGCUGCAGGGUACAGACCACAGCAGACAGUGUGUCAGAUGAGGCAGAACUUCUUGUUAGGGGUCCCCCGGGCCCCCCAGGGAUAGUGAUCGUUGAGGAAAUCACCGAAAGCACAGCCACACUCUCCUGGAGUCCAGCAGCUGACAACCACAGCCCGAUCUCCUCCUACAACCUACAGGCUCGCAGCCCAUUCUCCCUGGGCUGGCAAACAGUAAAAACAGUCCCAGAAAUCAUAACAGGGGACAUGGAGUCAGCCAUGGCAGUGGACUUGAACCCCUGGGUGGAAUAUGAAUUUCGAGUGGUUGCCACCAAUCCAAUUGGGACUGGAGAUCCAAGCACUCCAUCGCGAAUGAUCCGCACAAAUGAAGCAGUUCCAAAGACAGCACCCACCAACGUAAGUGGAAGAAGCGGAAGAAGGCACGAGUUAGUCAUUGCUUGGGAGCCAGUAUCUGAAGAGUUUCAGAAUGGGGAAGGCUUUGGCUAUAUUGUGGCUUUCAGGCCCAACGGAACACGUGGCUGGAAGGAAAAAAUGGUGACAUCCUCUGAAGCUUCAAAAUUCAUUUAUCGAGAUGAAAGUGUCCCUCCUCUUACUCCCUUUGAAGUGAAGGUUGGCGUUUAUAACAAUAAAGGGGAUGGACCUUUCAGUCAAAUUGUGGUCAUAUGUUCAGCUGAAGGAGAACCCAGUACCGCUCCCACAGAUGUCAAGGCUACAAGUAUGUCUGUGUCAGAGAUUCUUGUUGCAUGGAAACAUAUAAAAGAGAGUCUCGGAAGACCACAGGGAUUUGAGGUUGGUUAUCGGAAAGACAUGGAACAAGAAGAUGCAGCAGAAACAGUCAAAACUAGGGGGAAUGAGUCAUCUGUCAUCCUGACAGGAUUAGAAGGAAAUACAUUAUAUCACUUCACAGUGAGGGCUUACAAUGGAGCUGGAUACGGGCCACCCAGCAGUGAAGUGAGUGCAACCACCAAGAAAUCCCCCCCAAGUCAAGCACCUAUCAACCUCAGGUGGGAACAGCAAGGCUCUCAGAUUUCUCUGGUCUGGGAACCUGUCAGACCAUUAGCCAACGAAUCUGAAGUCAUGGGCUACAAGGUGUUUUACAGGCAAGAGGGCCACAGCAACAGUCAAGUUAUUGAAACACAGAAACCUCAAGCAGUAGUACCACUUCCCGAUGCCGGAGUCUAUGUUAUUGAAGUUCGAGCAUGUAGUGAAGGAGGGGAUGGCACAGCUAGUUCCCAAAUCAAGGUACCAUCAUAUUCAGGUGGAAAAAUCACUAGUGCUCAGCCAACCCUCCACACUCUCUCUACGUCUUCAUCAUCAGUAACAUUGCUCUUGGCAUUGAUGAUUCCUUCAACCUCUUGGUGAAAACUGCAGACUUAAUUUGCUUUUCUUUGCUUUCCCUUGAUAAUAGCGAUGAAUAGUGUAGUGUAAGUGGAGACCCAGGACACUGAGAUAAGCUUUAAAAACUCGGGACUAUACAUGGUGCACUUACAGGAGGUUGGCGGUAAUAUUACUUAUCCAUCAGGUUUUUGUUUGGUUUUUGUAAAUGGAGAGGACAGUUCUUGGUCCAAAAAUAUAUGCAGAUUGUAUGUAAUGGAUUUUUUAAAAGCAAAGAUAAUUUCUGUCAAAUGUAUUCUUUACUUUUUUAAUAUGUUGGAAUUUGAUUUUUAUAUCUGAUGACCCUGAGUGUGUGCCAUCCAUUUUUUAAGUAACUGGUUUCUAGCAGAUCUGUUUCAAACACAAAUACAAAACCGAGAAUGAAAAGUUUGGUUAAGACUCUUGAGUCUAUUGUUUUUCAUUUUCCCUUUGACUUACUGUUCCAGUUGACAAAAUGGUAGGAGAUAUGAAAAAAUACUUCAGUUGUGUGGUUCAUUAUAGGAUAAGUACACAAAAAUGUUCUUGAAAAAUAUUGUAUGACUGCAUAGUGAAAUAGCAAAAUUUAUCAAUAUGCUAUUCUAAAUGCAUCCCUAGAGCAAGUUAUUAGCGUAGGGAAUAAGCCAUUUAUAUUAGUGCAAGGUGAAUAGAAAGUGAGUCCAAAUGAAUUUAAGUGCUAUUAUUUUUCAUCAAGUACUAUGUUAUCUAGCUGCAAAUAUAGUAAAUGUUUAUUUUUAAUAACAAAAGGUAGUUAAAGUCACAAAAAAUAUGAUUACUAAAAACUGCAGACACUGACUUGCUCCCAAGGGUGCUAACUUGUAAAUGAAAUGAAUACAGGACAUUUCCGCACCUACUGCCAAAAUACGUGUUGAAUUAGGUUCAUGGUUUUCUUCUAAUUGCAAAGAAUUUUAAGGACAAUGAAAAAUUGUUGUGCAAACAAUUGUGCACACAUAAAGUCUUUGAAUUAAAAUGGUUCAAGCAUAACAAAUAAAUUUUGAUUUUUUAAACAGUCCCAUGCAUCACAGCUUAUAAAAUCUUACCACCUGUUAAAAUAAAGAGGAUCUCUCUGAUAAAUUGAUUUUUGUAAAUUAAGCUAUGGAAACAAGGCUUCAGUACAAGGUGAGCCCCGUUUGCUAUUUUGAGAAGUCAACCUGAACCUAAUUGAUGCUAGAUAGUUGUUGGAAAGUGAGGUGAAAGUUUUCUACUUAAUGAUAUCUUACAGAAGUUCUAACCAACAAGAGAACUUGCCAGAGUUUGCAUCACACCCAAGAAGAUGUCUGAAGGGGUAGUUAUUGCAAAGUCAUAUGCCAAAAAACAGCCUGGAGAAACUACAGAUGAUGUUAAUAUGAGAACAAGAAGUAAUUUCUUUUCUUUUAUAAAAUCUAAACCUGUUAAUUCUACUUGCAUCUUUAACCGCAAGCAAAUGAAGCAAAUUGAGCUCAAACCGCUGGCUCUAGAGAUUAGGUCCUAUAGACUCGGAGGGAAGAUUGGAGUUUCUGUUCUGAAUAUCCUAAAAGAUUGGGUUCAGAGCCACAGUACAACUAUUUAUGUUGGUUACUCGUUCUCUUUGUGGGGGAAUUGUGUCCAAGACACCCCUAAACAAACAAGAAGUAAUUUAAAAGACUAUUUUAGUUAACAGAUUAUUAUACUAAAUGACUACAGAUGGUGCAUAGUGAAGCCAGUGAGUAAUAAUGACCAAGUUGCCUUCCUUGAGCACCUCCUUUGGAGUGGAAGAGGCUGGACUUUGCAGAUAGAGGGAUGCUAACUAUUUAGCAGGCAAAAUAUGAGCUUUGCCAAGGACAGUAUAGCUUACAGGAGCAAAUUGUACAUCUGGAAAAAAAUGCAGCAAGAAUAUUAAAGAAUGGGCAAUAAUUUUUACUUCACAUUUGAUGAAUCAAACCAUUUUCUUCCUUUUCCAUGGUGUUUUAUACUAAACUUAGUGAAGGACUUGAACAAUCAAGUUAUUACUGAAACUCUCAUAAAACAAAGCCCAAUAAAAUACAAUGUUAGUAUACGGCAAAUUCAAAUUAAACAAUAUUUCCAACUAAUUGAUGGAUGGUAUAUAUCUGACAGAAUGUUUAAAUAUAGAAUGUCUGAUGUUGUAUUCUUACAAGAAUCAAAGAUAUGGGAUGUUUUUAUUCGACAUGCAGAUUAUGUAUUUUGCAUCAUAAACCUAUUAAAAACAGUUUUGAAAUGUUUAUGUACUUAUGUAUUGCAUACUUGUUACUUUGUAGAAAACAAAAUAGCAUUCCUUAUCAAGGUACACUAUUUUUCAGCUGCAAUAUUGAGUGAGCUUUUUAUUUUUUUUUUUUUGGAUGGAAUAAUAACCACACAGUCUUAAAUCACUAGAGACUGUAUUUUUGUAUAAUGUCAGUUGAACUAUGAAGAAAAAAAACACUCCUCAUGAUUAAAAGUUCCAUGAAAGUGAAUGUUUUGCAUACCCAAAUGAAGGUACUGUGGAUCCCAUGUCAAAC